AUGGGCUGUGGGAUGAGUACGGAGGAGAAGGAAGGGAAGGAGAGGAAUGAGCAGAUCGAGAAUCAAUUGAAGCGCGACAAGCUAUCUCAACGGAAUGAGAUCAAGAUGCUUCUUCUCGGUGCCGGAGAGUCUGGCAAAUCUACAAUCCUCAAGCAGAUGAAACUCAUCCACGAAGGCAGCUAUUCGCGGGACGAGCGAGAGUCAUUCAAAGAGAUCAUCUACAGCAACACCGUCCAAUCGAUGCGCGUCAUACUAGAAGCUAUGGAAUCACUGGAGCUCCCUUUGGACGACCAGAGAACGGAGUACCACGUCCAAACCAUCUUCAUGCAGCCUGCACAAAUCGAGGGCGAGAGUUUGCCCCCGGAGGUUGGAAGUGCCAUAGAUGCUCUAUGGAAAGACGCUGGCGUUCAAGAAUGCUUCAAACGUUCAAGAGAGUACCAGCUCAACGAUUCGGCCAGAUAUUACUUCGACUCUAUCGGCCGGAUUGCGCAGCCCGACUAUCUACCGAAUGACCAAGAUGUUCUACGAUCUCGAGUGAAGACCACCGGUAUUACUGAAACGACUUUCAUCAUUGGCGAGCUUACCUACCGCAUGUUCGAUGUCGGAGGUCAGCGAUCCGAGCGGAAGAAAUGGAUCCACUGCUUCGAGAACGUCACGACCAUCCUUUUCCUCGUUGCCAUCUCCGAGUACGAUCAACUACUCUUCGAAGACGAGACCGUCAACCGAAUGCAAGAAGCUCUCACACUCUUUGACUCUAUCUGCAACUCCAGAUGGUUUGUCAAGACCUCAAUCAUCCUGUUUUUGAACAAGAUCGACAGGUUUAAAGAGAAACUCCCGGUGUCUCCCAUGAAGAACUAUUUUCCGGAUUAUGAAGGUGGACCUGAUUAUGCUGCGGCCUGCGAUUAUAUCCUGAACCGAUUCGUUUCCCUGAACCAGCACGAGACGAAGCAGAUUUACACCCACUUCACCUGCGCUACCGAUACCACCCAGAUACGGUUUGUCAUGGCGGCUGUCAAUGAUAUUAUUAUACAAGAGAACCUUCGUGAUUGUGGCCUGUUCUUCUAA